CUGAAUCCGCAGAGCAUGGGCCUGGGUGGAGGCGUUAUUUUCACCAUCUACGAUGCACCCACAGGAAAAAUUGAGGUGCUCAAUGCUCGUGAAAGGGCUCCCCAAAACAUCACUGAAGGUUUGCUGAAAAAGUGUACAGACACUUUGCUUCCAGGGUCUCAAUGGAUUGCUGUUCCUGGGGAACUUCGUGGUUAUGAAGAAGCUCACCUACGCUACGGCAGAUUGCCAUGGAAGGACCUUUUUGAACCCACCAUUGAGAUGCUUGGCCUUGGAAUCCGGAUACCAGAGGUUUUGAGCCAGUUUCUGAAAUUCCUGGAGCUGCCUUUGAAGAACUCGUCCUUAUGCCAACUGCUUUGCAAUGACCGAGGAGCCGUCCUGAGCCACGGAGAGGACCUACACUGGGCAGCCCUAGAGAAGACCCUCAAAGCCGUGGCAGAAAACGGGGCCGAAGAAUUCUACACCGGGGAGACGGCAGAAAAGUUAGUGCAAGAUGUCAGAGCUGAAGGUGGCACUUUGACAUUGGAGGACCUCAAGAAUUACCAUGUUGAACUGGUGAAACCCUUGAAUAUGUCACUGGACAAAUAUACCAUAUUCUCAGCCCCGAGGCCAGCAGCAGGAGCAGUCCUUUUCUUCAUUCUCAAUGUCCUGAAAGGGUUCAAUUUCACCAAAGUGGAUCUGGAAGAACCAAAGGGAAGAGCAAGGGCCUAUCACUACAUCGCAGAGACCUUGAAAUUUGCCAAUGGCCAAAGAGCAAAAUUAGAUGACCCCAAUUUUUCUAAAAUAAAUGAGGAGGUUCUCCACGAGAUGAUGUCAGAUGCCUUUGCUGACCACAUCAGGCAGUUGAUCGACAGCCGGGGUGACCACCCAGCCAGCCACUAUGACCCUGCCCAGCUGAGAAUGGCUCCUUUUGGCACCUCCCACGUGGCUGUUUUGGCAGAAGAUGGGAGUGCUGUGUCAGCCACCAGCACCAUCAACCACCCGUUUGGCUCAAUGGUCUAUUCGCAGCAAACUGGGAUCAUCUUAAACAAUGAGCUGGCUGAUUUUUGCAUGAAGCGGUCUAGUGAAAGCAUUUCUCCAGGAGAGAUGCCUCCCUCCUCCAUGACACCAUCCAUUCUUCUUUCUAAAAAUGAGAAGUCCAAGCUAAUAAUAGGCGGCUCAGGUGGGCCCCUCAUUAUCCCUGCUGUAGCCCAGGCCAUCGUCAACAAGUUAUGGUUUGGGUACGAUCUGGAUCAAGCCAUCAGAGCGCCCAUCCUCUAUGCCACUGGUGGUGGCUCCAUUCUAGUGGAGAAGCGGUUUCCACAGAACCUCACGACCGCUUUGAUCACCCUGGGGCACUCAGUCGACACUGCUCUACAUGCCCUGAAUGUGGUGCAGGGCAUCUCCCAGGAGGGCGCCUGCAUCUUCCCUUAUUCUGACUGGAGGAAGCGAGGAGAAGCCUCCGGCUACUAGAAGCAGGGAGAAGCGCCGCUAAACUCUGAAGCAACUGUUCUCCUUCUCUGGUGGUUCUGCCAUCAGCCUUUGGACGCAUUCCUGUGCAAACCACACACACUCACAGCCCAAACUGUGUUCUACAUUUCUCCUCUGUCAGACCUAACUUCCUGCUGAAAGUUGCCCUGCAACUGGACCUUAUAUCCGCACACACGAGACGUUCAUCCUGUAGCAAAAGAGAAGCUGAGCCACACGUCCGUCUCCUGUGAGUCCAGAGGUUGAGGGAAAGGGGGGCGGGGCUGAAGUAGCCUCUUCUCUGUCCUGAGAUAUAAUGUCCUCCUGGAACCACGGAGUGUCUGUGGCUGAUGGAAGCUGAGGAUGCCCAGUGAGAAAGACUGAGACUGGCACGGGUGGGAAAUUACGGGACUGAGCCUGAAUUUGGUAGGAUAGGAACCCAGAA